AUGACUUCCCGACUCGACCGCCUGGUCACACUCUUAGAGACCGGAAGUACUCAACUCAUCCGGAACACAGCUGCUCAACAACUAGGAGAUGUUCAAAAACAACAUCCCGAUGAGCUAUUCAAUCUUCUUGGGCGUAUCCUCCCUUAUCUUCGAUCCAAGUCGUGGGACACGAGAACCGCUGCUGCCCGAGCAAUCGGCUUGAUAGUAUCAAAUGCGGAAAUCUACGAUCCAAAUGAGGACGACGGGCUUCAGAUCAAGUCGGCAGCUGACGAUGACGAUGUGGAGAUCAAACCCGAGGUUAAAUCAGAAGAUAUUGCGCCCUCUCUAGAUGGACUUCUUCAUCUUGACAACCUAGACGUGAGUUCCGUUCUGAAAUACGGCAAGCGACUACUCGGAAGCGCGGGCAAGGAGUACGAAUACUCUUUGGCAUCGAUGGACCCUGCGGCGCGCCUGCUCCACCAGAAGAAGACCCUGAAUGCACGCCUCGGCCUCGAGGGGGAAUAUAACGAAGACGAAAUCCUUGACAGUAUUGAUUUUGCCCCCAAACCAGCAACCCCGGCACCUAAAAGGGAAUCGUCCAAUACCUCCAUUUCUCGAGAGAACAGUCUACAUGACCUUUCGUCCCGUCGUGCUUCAUCCCCAGUCGAGGCUGCCGCAGGCAAGGAAGAUACCGGACUGAGCAAGCGCCAGUUAAAUCAGCUGAAACGGAAAAACAAACAAAGUGCUAAGCUGGGCGCCAACAAGGUCCGCGUGGUCGACCUUGCCUCUCGACGAGCCUCGGACAACGUCGCGACGCCAGCAGCAACUCCUCACCCCGUCAAGACCGAGAAUGGUGACGGGCAAAAUGGGGAGACCAAGCCGGACUAUUUCUCGCUCGAUCCCGCCGCUGAUGAGGAUGACUCGAAGAUCGUCUCUGAAUUCAAGGGACCCAUCGCUCCCGAAAAGCCCAUCAUACAGCCCGAAAUUGCCGACCAGGGUGCCGGGUGGCCGCUUGAAUGCAUGUGUGAAUUUUUGACCGUUGAUAUCUUUGAUUCCAAUUGGGAGGUUCGCCAUGGUGCUGCCAUGGCUCUCCGUGAAGUGGUCAGAGUGCAAGGUACCGCAGCCGGGCGUAUAGAGGGCAAAAGCAGGGAAGAAAACGACAACCUCAACCGUCAAUGGCUAGACGAUCUCGCGUGCCGUCUUCUCUGUGUCCUGAUGCUCGACCGUUUUGGUGACUACAUCUCCGACAACGUAGUUGCCCCGAUUAGAGAAACCGUUGGCCAGACCCUUGGUUCUCUUUUGUCACAUUUGGCGCCGAAAUCUGUGCGACAAGUAUACCGGUGCCUCUACAGAAUCAUUAUGCAGAACGACCUGGGUCUGGAGCGUCCAAUCUGGGAAGUUUGCCAUGGUGGUAUGAUCGGUCUUCGGUAUUUGGUCGCUGUUCGGAAGGACCUUCUUAUAAAGGAUUCGAAUAUGAUCGAUGGUGUUCUCGAAUCUGUCAUGAAAGGCCUGGCUGAUUUUGAUGAUGAUGUGCGGUCUGAAUUUGUCACAUCACGCGCUGGCACGCUUGGCCCUCUCAUGCACAUUGUUUGGGAUUGUCUGUCGAAUCUCCAAGAUGAUCUAAGCGCAAGCACAGGAUCUGUGAUGGACUUGUUAGCCAAGUUGUGUACCUUCACCCAAGUUCUAGACGCAAUGAAGGCAAACGCGGCGGAUGAUCCCGAGGCCUCAUUCGGCAACCUCGUACCUCGAUUAUACCCUUUCCUUCGUCAUACCAUCACAAGCGUUCGAUCGGCAGUUCUCCGUGCUCUCAUGACCUUCCUAAAGCUUGAAGGAGAAGGAAGUACGGACUGGGUGGAUGGCAAAGCAUUGCGCUUAAUCUUCCAAAACCUUCUCGUGGAGCGCAACGAGGGCGUUCUCAAGCUAUCUCUCCAGGUUUGGUCGGAGUUGCUGAAGGCAAUCGAGCACCGUGGGUCCUUCUCGUCUGAAGCUGAUCUAUCUGAAUCUGUCCAACCUCUGGUCGCUCUUACGCUUGGUCCCUUCGGUGUUCCUCGUUACCCCAUCCCUAUGAAUACAUCUCUUUUCAUCAAACCAUCCGGUUUACCAUUCUCUGCACCCGCACCCGCACCCGCACCCGCACCAGCCCCAGCAAAAUCAUCGCCGCCUGCUUCUGGCCCAGAGCCUGUCAAACCAGGUCGCAAACGCAAGGUCGAGAAGAAGGAAGCACCCGUGUCAUCAACCCACAAUGUCGAUGGACACAUGCUAUCUGGUGACAUUGAUCUUGUUGGCGCAGACACGAUGCUGCGGUCCAAAAUUUUCGCUGCCAGGGCGCUUGGUGAAUUGAUCUCUUUCUGGGAUAAGCAUGAACUCCCGAGCAUUUGGUCCUCCAUCGUGGACGGCCUGAAACAUCCUGCUUCAACAACACAACUUUCCACGGCGAUGGUGAUGGAAGAAUAUGCGCGUAUCUCUGGUCCGGACAGCAGGUACUCCGGGACUCUAUGCGAGCACUUGCGACCGAUCGUCGAGGGCGAGCGCCCAUCCUGGUACUCUGACAUUUCCUGCUAUCUCCAUGUCGCUCGUGCACAGUGCCAUUCGCUGCUCAAUUCAUUCCGCGACCAUGCUCACGUCCCGCCCUCACGACUGCCGGUCCUUGCUGUCGUCGUCCAAGGCGAUACCGAGGCUGGCCCCAGUGCCUUCUCGCUUGCAGAUGCCGAAAAAAUUGUUGGUCCUGACUUCGACCGCUUGAAGAAGAAUCUGACACCCGCCCAACGAAUCACUGCCACCCAAGUCCUCAACGAUACUCGUACGACCGCACAGUCUGCGGUUGACGAGGCCCGAUCCAUGAGAGAACAGCGCGAUAUGCGCGUUCUCGCCGCAGGUGCAGGUGCCCUGGUUGCCUUCCGGGAUAUCCCUAAGCGACCCGGUCAUAUAAUCAAGGGGAUGAUGGACAGCGUCAAGAAAGAGGAAAACAUCGAGCUUCAGCAACGAUCGGCGACCGCCGUCGCGGGUCUGAUUGAACAUUAUACCGCAGCCACGAAACGUGGACCGGUGGACAAGAUCAUCGGAAAUCUGGUCAAAUACUGCUGUGUGGACACAUCCGAGACGCCCGAAUUCCCUCACAACGCUCAACUUGAGAAAUCAAUUUUGUCUCUACGCAAAGAAGAAGACCGGCGAGACCACCCCGAUGCUGCCAAAUUCGAGCGUGAGGCCAGGGAAGCCCGUAUCAUGCGCCGUGGCGCUAAGGACGCUUUGGAGCAAUUGGCCGUCAAAUUUGGCGCUGACCUGCUUGAAAAGGUACCCAAUCUUGCUGCCCUUGUCGAGCGUCCUCUCAAGCAAGCCCUGGAAGGCGACCUUCCGGAAGACAUCAUAAACCCCGAGAAUGAUCUCGGCCAGGAAGUGGUCGACGGUCUUUCUACGCUACGCGCGCUUCUUCCCAAGUUCGAUGUUGGACUCCACUCGUGGGUCACUGGCCUUAUGCCCAUCAUUGCCAAGGCCCUGCAGUGCCGACUUUCAGUCAUCCGGUAUGCUGCCGCUAAGUGCUUUGCUACUAUUUGUAGCGUGAUAACGGUGAGCGGAAUGACCAUGCUGGUUGAAAAGGUCUUGCCUACUAUCAACAAUGCUCUUGAUGUUCCCCACCGCCAAGGUGCCAUCGAGUCCAUUUACCACCUGAUCCAUGUGAUGGAAGACGGCAUUCUACCAUACGUCAUCUUCCUUGUGGUCCCUGUUCUCGGACGAAUGAGUGACUCCGAUAACGAUGUGCGACUACUAGCAACGACCUCAUUUGCGACACUGGAACUGCUUAAGGGCCGUGAUCGUGAGCGAAAGUUCAUGUCUCAAAUGCUGGACGUUCGCAAGGUGGAGACUUUCCAGAUUCCCGUUGCUAUUAAAGCUGAGUUACGACCCUAUCAGCAGGAUGGUGUCAACUGGCUCGCUUUCCUCAACAGAUACAACCUCCACGGUAUUCUCUGUGAUGACAUGGGUCUUGGAAAGACUCUACAAACCAUUUGUAUUGUUGCAAGUGACCACCACAUGCGAGCGGAGGAGUAUGCCAAGAGCCAAGCACUGGAUUCUCGAAAGCUUCCUUCACUGAUUAUUUGCCCGCCCUCACUUUCUGGCCAUUGGCAACAGGAAGUCAAGCAAUAUGCACCUUUCCUCAAGUGCAUCGCAUACGUUGGACCUCCAGCAGAGAGAGCAAGGUUACAAGCGGAGAUCGCUGAUUCAGACGUCGUUGUGACUUCCUACGAUGUUUGCCGCAACGACAACGAUAUCCUCAACCCUAUCAACUGGAACUACUGCGUACUCGACGAGGGCCAUUUGAUCAAGAACCCCAAGGCGAAGAUCACACUUGCUGUGAAGCGCAUUAUGAGCAACCACCGCCUAAUUCUAUCCGGUACGCCGAUUCAAAAUAAUGUUCUGGAAUUGUGGUCGCUCUUUGAUUUCUUGAUGCCUGGAUUCCUGGGUGCUGAGAAGGUUUUCCUGGACCGAUUUGCCAAGCCUAUUGCAGCUAGUCGAUUCAGUAAAUCAUCCUCGAAGGAACAGGAAGCGGGUGCUCUGGCAAUUGAAGCCUUGCAUAAGCAAGUCCUACCAUUUUUGCUGCGUCGUCUCAAGGAGGAGGUCCUGAACGACUUGCCGCCUAAGAUCAUUCAAAACUACUACUGCGACCCGAGUGAGCUGCAAAAGAAGCUCUUCGAAGACUUCACGAAGAAGGAGCAGAAGGAACUGCAAGAAAAGGUGGGCAGCACAGAGCGCAACGACAAGGAGCAUAUCUUCCAAGCCUUGCAAUACAUGCGUCGCCUUUGCAAUUCCCCUGCUUUGGUUGUCAAAGACGGCCACAAGCAGUACAAUGAAGUCCAGAGCUAUCUGUCUGCCAAGCGCUCCAACAUCAGAGAUGUGUCACAUGCACCGAAACUCAGUGCCCUUCGGGACCUGCUCGUUGACUGUGGAAUCGGCCUCGACCACUCCGCCGAGGGCGAACUUGACACUGGCGCUAGCUAUGUCAGCCCGCACCGUGCUCUGGUCUUCUGUCAGAUGAAGGAAAUGCUUGACAUUGUCCAGAACGACGUCCUCAAGAAGUUGCUUCCGUCCGUUCAAUACCUGCGUCUUGAUGGAGGUGUAGAGGCUACGAAGCGCCAAGACAUUGUGAACCGUUUCAACACCGAUCCCAGUUACGAUGUGUUGCUGUUGACCACCAGCGUCGGUGGACUGGGCCUUAACCUUACUGGUGCAGACACUGUCAUCUUCGUUGAGCAUGACUGGAAUCCGCAAAAGGAUAUCCAAGCCAUGGACCGUGCUCACCGUAUCGGUCAGAAAAAGGUCGUCAACGUGUAUCGUCUGAUAACGAGAGGCACGCUGGAAGAGAAGAUCUUAAAUCUGCAACGAUUCAAGAUAGACGUCGCCUCUACCGUUGUCAAUCAACAAAAUGCUGGCCUAGGCACCAUGGACACGGAUCAACUCUUAGACCUCUUCAGUCUUAGUGAGACGGCAGAGACGGCAGAGAAACCAAGCGACCAGACAGGCAACGAAGUCGACAUGGUCGACAUCGAUGGUGAAGUCAAGGAGAAGGGCAAGAAGGGCUGGUUGGAUGAUCUAGGCGAAUUAUGGGAUGACCGACAAUACCAGGAAGAAUACAACCUGGAUUCAUUCCUGGAAACCAUGAAAGCGUGA